AUGGCGACUACAGAGGUGACGCGGCCCUCUGCCUCGUUGGAGAUCCACGAGAGCAGCCAGGAGAAAGCUACCACCACGAAAGGCGAUGAGUUUGUAGACCCCCAUAGGCCCGAGAAAGGUCUUGUCUCAGCAUUGUACAACAUGCAGACUGGCGAUGAGGACCCCACUGCGGAUGAACUUCAAGGUCCCAAUGCUCUAAGACGCAUAUCAGCUCCUAUCCCCUGGGCCGUCUAUACGGUCGCUUUCGUAGAGCUGUGCGAACGGUUCUCUUACUAUGGAACUCAAGUUCUGUACUCGAACUUCGUAAAUCACUCUCUUCCCCAGAUUAAUGGCCCCGCUGGCUCGAAUCAUUGGACUGGCGCGGGUGGUGGAUCUGCUCAAGGUGUCUCUGGAGCUUUGGGGAAGGGUGUGCAGACUGCCAACGGGGUCAACACCUUUAACACUUUUUGGUGCUACUGUAUCCCACUACUUGGUGCUUGGAUCGCUGAUGAAUACUGGGGCCGGUACAAGACCAUCUGCUGGUCCAUUGGUGCUGCCAUCCUCGGUCACAUUAUUCUGGUCAUCUCUGCUGUCCCGCCAGUUAUCACAGACACAACUGCUUGUUUUGCUGUCUUCAUGCUGGGAGUCAUCAUCAUGGGUCUGGGUACAGGUGGCUUCAAGCCCAACAUCUCGGCACUAGUUGUCGAACAAAUUCCAGUGGUAAGCGCCAAGGUGCGCACGCUACCAUCUGGGGAACGCGUGAUUGUCGACCCGACAAUCACUCAGAGCCGCAUUUAUCACUACUUCUAUCUGUUCAUCAACCUCGGUGCUCUGAUUGGUCAAAUUGGGAUGGCAUACGCGGAGAAGUAUGUUGGGUUCUGGCUAGCAUUCUUACUUCCCACCCUCAUGUUCCUGACAACUCCUUUCGUCAUGUGGUGGGGACGCAAGCGCUACCGCCAGUCUCCUCCUCAGGGCUCAGUAACCUCCAAGGCAGUGCGAACUCUCUUCUACGCUUUGAAUGACCGCUGGCAUUGGAACCCUGUGAAGAUGUGGAAACGGACUCACGACGGCACAUUGUGGGAAACUGCCAAGCCAUCCAAUAUCCCACCACACCUACGCCCCAAAUGGAUGACCUUCGAUGAUGCCUGGGUGGACGAAGUGCGCCGUGGUUUUGCCGCCUGCAAAGUCUUCUGCUGGUACCCACUUUACUGGCUGGCGUACGGACAGCUAACCAACAACCUGACGUCGCAGGCCGGCACCAUGACUCUGCACGGCGUGCCCAAUGAUGUGGUUAACAAUCUGGAUCCCUUUGCCCUGAUCAUCUUUAUCCCCAUUUGUGACACCUUCGUCUACCCGGGCCUGCGGAAGAUGGGCUUCAGGUUCACAGCCAUCAAGAAGAUUUUCUGUGGCUUCAUGAUUGCAAUGCUGGCUAUGGUCUGGUCGGCGGUCACCCAGUACUACAUCUACAAGACCUCGCCCUGUGGCUAUGAAGCUAAUAACUGUUACACUGCGGAUGGUGCUAUUCGUCCCUCCCCGUUGAAUGUGUGGAUUCAAGCGGGCGCCUACGUUCUGAUUGCCUUCUCCGAGAUCUUCGCCUUGAUUACCUCGCUUGAGUAUGCUUACUCCAAAGCUCCUCGGAACAUGCGUUCCCUGAUUCAGGCGAUCUCGCUCUUCACCAAUGCCAUCUCCGCUGCUAUUGCUGAGGCUCUGAAUCCGUUAUCUAGCGACCCACUGCUGAUAUGGAACUAUGGUAUCUUCGCUGUGUUGGCGGGUCUCGGUGGUGUAUGCUUCAUCUUUACGUUCUGGAGCCUGGAUAAGGAAGAAGAUGAACUCAACAACCUGCCUGAGGGUCGCGUGGUUGCUGAUGAGAAGGCCGCCAUAGGCACACUGGAAGCGGCUGAGAUUGGCCCUGCCAAGGGUUAA